AUGGCCAAAACUCCGCUAAAGCAAAUCACCCUAACCCUACUACUCAUAACACUAAUUGUUUUCUCCUUCUCGAUCAGCCUCACCACUGCAGAUGACUACUCUUUCUCGAGAGACCUGUCUGCGGAGGAGCUAGGGCAUAAAAAACAGAAGCUGACACAUCUUCACUUCUAUUUCCACGAUGUUGUCAGUGGGCCGAACGCGACAGCCUUGAGGGUGGCUCAGGCAGCAACGACGAACGUUUCGGCAGUGAGUUUCGGGUACGUUGCGGUGCUGGACGAUCCUCUGACGGUGGGGCCGGAGCCAACCUCUAAGAAGAUCGGAAGUGCUCAAGGAAUGUAUAUCUCGACUUCUCAGAGCGAUCUUCAGCUUCAAUUGGUUGUCAGCUAUGUGUUCACGGAAGGGAUUUACAACGGUAGCACUCUAAGCAUAUUGGGGCACAACGCCAUCCUGACGCCCCUUAGAGAGUUGCCUAUCGUCGGUGGUACUGGAGUUUUUAAGUUCGCAACAGGCUAUGCUCAUCUCACCACUUACAUGUUUAACCUCACUAGUCUUGAUGCUAUUGUGGAGUACAAUGUCUAUGUCUUGCAUUAUUGAGAUCACGUCCGAUCCUCGUCGUACGUGAUUAGAUGAUCUAUAUUUUAUGCGUGUACACCUUAUUUAUGGUCAGAUUACAUGUUUUCUGUCGUUUUUAUUUUUAUAUUGUUCAGUUCAUUAUGUAUAUUUAUGUAUUAAAUAAGUAAUAAUAAUUAG